GUACCCAACGGCUGGCAGUUCGAGACAAGGAUAAAGCGAUUUUUUUCAAGAGAGGAAAAUCUGGGUUUAGUUCUUUAUAUUUCAGCUGAUAUAUACCAAAAAUUGAAUCCUGGUUUCCGUCGGCGAAGAAUAUGAAAGAGAAUGGAUAAAUUCCGGCAUAUAUGGAGGGGGCAGCUGUUGGUUGGUAUGAGGGAUAUUGGCCAAGCAACAAUAUGGACCAACAACAACAGCUAUCUAUCCCCCAUUGGUUGGAACCUGAAAAUGACCUACAUAGCUGAGUAUUCUGACCUCUGGAGCAAAGUGUUGGAGUCUGAGCCCACAGUCUUGUCCCAGGAUUCGUAUACAAAGAUCAAGGACAAGUACGUAUCCGUCUUUAUCAUCACUUCAUCCACGCCAGAGUUUCUUCAGUUGACAAAAGAAUUGAAUCAGUUCAGCAAGGCUAGAAUCAUACUUUGGUGUGAACCAAAGGACACGGAAAUCACAUUAAUCCCUCGCUGUAAGGAAACCAUGCGGUUAGGGAUGUGGGAGCCUCCUGAGGAAUACCAUCCCUUCCUCUACAUGCUGAUGAUUUCCAAGAUUUUCUCCCAAAGGAAAGCUAUGAAGCAAGCAUAAAGAAAACAUUUACCUUCAGGUUUAAUGUCUCAGAAAUUAAUAGAAAAUAAGAGGAUAAUGAGAAGUCAGGGGAAGGCUUGUGACAAGAAGAGCUUUUGCUAGAACACACAUAAGCUGAAAUUGAUCUUUAGUUCCAAAAGACAAAAAAAAAAGACCUGAUUUUGGUUAAAGCCAAGCAUGCUAAAGAGGAGUACCAAAGGGGAGUUAGACCAGGCCUUGAAGACCAUCACGCCUGAUUCUCAUUUGCAAUCUUUCAGAAACUUACUUGCAAAACUUCCUAAAACCUAUAUGAAAAGAGUCCCAGAAUCUCUGAUGCCAAAAAAGAUAAAUUCUGAACUUCCUGCUUCUCCCAACAAGAAUGAAGAACUUAAAGAUAAUGAAGAUCAGGAGAAUAUACAGCAGAGGAUAGAAGAGGAUGUAGCUGAAGAUUCAGAAGUAAAAGAGAUGGAAAAAAAAGAUGGUAAAAGCAAUGUAAAAGGAUGCCUUGAUAAUAUCAGAGAAUUCAUCUACACCAAAUUUGGCAAUAAGCGAAAAUCAGAGUGCACCGAAAGUCCUUGGAAUAUUGCAAGCCAAGCAAAAAAGCCUCGAAUCAUUGAUUUGUAGGAUUGCCCAACAGAGAACAUCUUGAAUCAAUGCAACGCACUAGCUGAGUCUGAAAUAAGACCAGGAUGCAAACUCUGCGGAGCACACCUCAAAUUUUCCUGGAAGCAUUUGGUUAAGGGUCUCCAAAAUCCCAUGGUAGCAUUCUCAAACUGUGCUGGACAAGCAUAUAACCUCCAUUUCUUACAAGAUCAUCUAAGGUGGCAUAGGUCAUCUCAUGUGCUCGACAAAAAUGUGUUGCAUGUUUCAAAGAUUGAGAUAUCAAUAAUCUCACUUGAUUUCGACCCACUACAACUGACAUCUCUUCCAUGGCUAGAGGGACUUUCUCCAAUUGGAGAUGACCUAGAAUUACUAGGAUCAGCUGCUAACCAGUUGGAAGAUGAACAAGAUUUAGAUUCUACCAUCCUUGGGGAGGAAUGUGCUGCUGCAUUUGCAAAACUGUGUUCUGGACUUGGGAACUGUUUUGCUUUGGGAUACUCCUUGCUGUCUAGAAGUUUAGCACUGUCUGUCAUCAAAUCUGUGCAAGCUUAUCAGAACUUUGACUUUGGUCUGAAAGAAAUGGAUAUUGAAUAUGGAAAGGCCAAUCACUUGAUGCCUCUGGACAAAAGUAAUCUUUAUGAUACACAAAUAUACUAUCCUUUUGUGCAUGAAGUUUGCGGUGUAUUCAAGAUGUUCUCUGUUGGGCAUCCUGACAAAUCAAUGAUUCGAGGCUUUUUGCUUGGGCUUUGCAAUAUCUCCAAGGACUUUUCGGUGCACUCUGAUUUUCGCUUAUUGCCAAAUUUGGUCUACAUCCUCUUCUAUCCUCUGCUGUAUAUUCUCCUGAUCUUCAUUAUCUUUAAGUUCUUCAUUCUUGUUGGGAGAAGCAGAAGUUAUGGGCCAAUGAAAUUGCUUAGACAAAGCAAAACUUUUCUCUGCCACAGCAAAUGUUCUCUCCUGAAUCUCGUGUUCUUCUUUUAUCCUAAUACUGUUAGUGCCCUUGAGAACACUCUUACCAGAAUUUAUCUUUUUGGCAUCAGAGAUCUGGGACUCUUUCAUAUAGGUUUUAGGAAGUUUGCAAUUGAAUAUGGGUCAUACACUUCUUCCUUCCUCCUUUCUCUCUGCAAUUUCUCAUUCCCCUUGCUCUCACCAGCAGCGUCCACCAGCUCAGUGGUGCCUCUUGAGCGGUCGGUCUUCCUUGAUUUGCUUCCUUUGGAGAAAUCUUGGAAAUCAUCAGCAUGUAGAGGAAGGGAUGGUAUUCCUCAGGAGGCUCCCACAUCCCUAACCGCAUGGUUUCCUUACAGCGAGGGAUUAAUAAACUCUGGCGUGGAUGAAGUGAUGAUAAAGACGGAUACGUACUUGUCCUUGAUCUUUGUAUACGAAUCCUGGGACAAGACUGUGGGCUCAGACUCCAACACUUUGCUCCAGAGGUCAGAAUACUCAGCUAUAUGUGAACCAGACCACCUGUCACCCUGCUCAUUAUUAGCAUUUGCAGUCCAGCUCACGUGCUCCCUCUUGAACUGCGAUAUAAUCUCUCACCAUCCUGGCAGAUGCAGAUGUCCAUUUGACUUUUGCCUGAUGACAGACUUGAACAGUUGGCAUGGAAGAGAUGUCAGUUGUAGUGGGUCGAAAUCAAGUGAGAUUAUUGAUAUCUUUAACCAGAAGGACCAUUCAAAAACAGAAAGUUUCGAAGCAAGUGCAUCUCAAGAAGAAUGCCUUGCAUCCUGCAGUUUGGAUACAAUAGAGCUAAAUAAUUCUGAUACAUCUGUGAAGAAUCUCUCCACAUCUGUUGUUCAUGAUAGUAUUGCAUUGAAAAUUAGGUCAAGUUUUGAGAGAGUGCCAGAUGCACAGAUGAAGGAAGAGUAUCUACUAAAAAACAGUUUUGCAUCUUCAAAUUUAAAUGAUUCGACUGUUUCACAUGAUGUAUAUAGUCCGAGUAAUAGUUCACAAACCUCAAUCUUUGAAACAUGCAACACAUCUGUAAAUGCAAGAAGUACUUGUACAGAACCACUGGUACUACAGCAGCUUAAAAAGAAAAUUAAUCUUUGGCAAGAUAGCCUAAAUUCAAAAUCCAGUAUAUCCAUGAAUAAAGGCAUUACAGCUCUGGCAGAUUUCAUAAAAAAACCAACAAGCAUUCCUCCUGAAAUAAGAAAAGAAAUUUUUUUUCCAGAAGAUGAAUUAAGUAAGUCAAGCCUCCGUAUGAAGAAGGCAUUGCUCAGCAACCUGUUAAAUCCAAGUGAAAGAAGUCUGCAGCUGGAGGAACAUGUUUCAAAGAAAGUUGUUGCAGUGGUAUGUAAAGAAGAGUGUUGUGAUGAUAUAAAAGCUUGUCUUCCCAAACCACUUUCACAGGAUAAUAAGUACCCUUUCCCAGAGAGUGAAAAGCACUUCAGAGAAGGAACCCAGAGACCGAGAAAAGUGAUAGAGAGUAAGAAGGUUCUUCUUAAUCUUCUUGAACCAUCUGAGCUUAAUUGGGAUGAUGCUGUGUCAGGCAUUUCAAAAUCAACUUUUCAGUCAUCAAAGUACUUACAUUUGCUUAGUGCAAGUGAAAAUGAUGUGUUAAAAGCAAAGCACUUUUGUCGAGCACAUGAGAUGACCUAUGCCACCUUAGAUGAUCUUGUAAGAAAUGGAGGUUAUAUGCUUGUCCAGCACAGUUCUGUAGAUAAGUUGUUAUCAUCUCCACACCUGACAGUUUGGUGUACUCAGCCAAAUAUCAAGUUUGGUGUUUAUACAGCUCUGUCAUCACUACAGAAAAAUAAUGUCAGUCCAGUGAUGACUUCCAAAUGGUUGCUGCUCCUCCAUCACACAGCUAUGGUGGAUCCAUUGCUUGUAACAGUAUUGGAACAAGAACUGAAAGACUGGAACAGUCAUACUUCUCAUCACCCCAGUAUUGUCAUUCCUUUUCUUACCCUUAAGAUUUGCUAUUGCAGCCUUUUGAAUAGCACAAGAGCAAAUGCAGCGGAAAUUUCAGCAUGCAGAAUUCUUCAGAAGAAUCUUGUUCUCCUCAUCAA